AUGAGAGUCCUUUGUGUGGCUGAGAAGCCCUCUAUAUCCAAAGCUGUGGCUACACAUCUCUCUGGAGGUCGUAUUGAAACGAACAAUACAAGAAACAAAUACAUCAAGAACUACUCGUUCGAUUUCGACUUUGGUCGUCAACUGGGCAAUUGCUCCGUUACCAUGACAUGUGUCACUGGACACUUAACCAACGUCGACUUUACUCCAGCUCACAAAAACUGGUAUCAGCCACCUCCAGAGUCAUUGUUCACCGCCCCUAUUGUCACGACCAUCAGCGAAGACAAGAAGACAAUUGCCCAGAAUUUAGAAUCCCAAGCAAGAUAUGCCCAAGCUCUAGUAAUCUGGACAGAUUGUGAUCGUGAAGGAGAACACAUUGGUAAUGAAAUCGUGGAAGCCGCACAAAAGGGUAAACCUGGUAUCCAGGUUUUACGAGCAAGGUUCAGCAAUGUCGAGCGAGCUCAUGUUAUCUCAGCAGCCAAGAACCUUGCGACUUUGGAUGAGAGGCAGGUCCAUGCUGUAUCUGCAAGAAUCGAGCUGGAUCUUCGUAUUGGAUAUGCAUUCACCCGUUUUCUCACAAACAACUUACGGCCUCUUGGGGGACCUAUGGAGAAGCUGACUCUGAGUUAUGGGUCAUGCCAGUUCCCGACCCUUGGGUUUGUCGUGGAUCGUUACUUUCGUGUGAAAAACUUCGUUCCUGAGCCGUUCUGGAGCAUAAAACUGAUGCACACCCGAGACGGUAAAAAAGUCGAUUUCUUCUGGCUAAGGAACAGGCUAUUCGAUCGCAUGUCCACAGUGAUUCUUUAUGAGAGAUGCCUUGCAGCCAAAACAGCAACAGUGACCAAAGUUCAGCAGAAACCAACUCGAAAGUUCAAACCAUUGCCUCUGACAACCGUUGAACUACAAAAGGCUGCGACGAGGUUACUCCAGAUGAGCGGACAGCAGGCCAUGACCAUUGCUGAAGGUCUAUAUAACAAAGGGUUCAUCAGUUACCCCCGAACGGAAACAGACCGGUUCGAUAAAGGGAUGAAUCUCCGUGCUCUGGUUGAGAAGCAAACCAGCGAUCAGAGAUGGGGCCCAUUUGCACAGAAUCUUGCCAGUGGUGCUUUCAAACAACCAAGAGAGGGACGACAUGACGACAAAGCACAUCCUCCUAUCCACCCUAUCACAUAUGCCUCGCCUUCAGUCUUAAGUCGCGACGAGGCUCGUUUAUAUGAGUAUGUUGCGCGCAGAUUUCUUGCUUGCUGCUCAGAUGAUGCCCACGGUAUGGCGACUGAUGUUGAGCUCGAAUUUGGAGAGGAGCGUUUUAAUGCUCAUGGAGUCAUUGUGCUAGAGAGAAACUACCUCGACGUGUUCAUUUACGAAAAAUGGAAUAAUACAGUGGAACUUCCGAAGUUCACAGAAGGUGAGCGCUUUCAGCCAACGGAGGCUAUGAUGACAGAAGGGAAGACUACAGCGCCUGGUUACCUGACGGAAGCCGAUUUGAUCGCUCUCAUGGAUGCCAAUGGGAUCGGCACAGAUGCUACCAUGGCCGAGCAUAUCCAGAAGAUACAGGACAGGGAAUACGUCGCUACGAUCAGCCGAUCAGGUCAAACAUCGGCAGAUGAUGAGGAUGCGGACACAAGUACGUCCACAAGAGGUCGUGGACGUGGACGUGGCGGUCGAGGUGCCAGAGGUGGACGCGGUGGUUCAUCAUCAUCUGGUGGCCGAGGCGGCUUGAAAGUCUUUGUCCCCACACAGCUCGGAGUGGCUCUAAUCCUAGGCUUUGAUCGAAUGAACUUCGAAACCAGCCUUGGUAAACCAUUCCUCCGGAAGGAGAUGGAAAUAAAGAUGAAAGCUAUCUGCGAAGGUCGUACGAACAAGGAAGUCGUCUUACGGGAAAGCCUCGCUCAGUACAAGCAAGUUUUCGAGCAAUCCCAACAGAAACUAGGAGUCCUACGAACGGCAUGCCGCGAGUUUGUCUUUGGUUCAUGA